CAUGGCGGCGAUCGGCGCUUGUGUUGUGUUGAUGUUUAUUUUCUUUUCCAAAUACUAGAAAAUAAACCGUAUUAUACCAUUAACUGCAUAAGAAAAUCUAAAUCUUUGAAUCCUAAUCAUGAAGUUAAAAAAGUUGAAAGUGGACCAGGAGCUGGACCCGGCGAUUCCUCAAGCUGAGAUAAUCGAAGCAGACCAGUACAAGCGGUCUUACUUCGGGCCCGACAUCCCAACUCUCGAACUGGAGUGCUGGGAAGAGGAACUGUCUGAGGCUCAGCUGCAGGCGUACAAGAAUGCUGAUGAGGAGUACAAGAGCAUUCAGAAUAAACUGGAUGACAUUGUGAAGGAGACUGGAGGAGAGAUCGUGUACAAUGGAGAUCAGUUCACGGCUUACCAGCUGCUUGGAAAGCAACCUGUUCUUAAGGACUUGGAGAAGCAGAGUGCGGAUAUCAUCAGGUCUCGGUCCAGGUCUCUCUCUAUAUCCAAGGAAUCAUCAUCAGGCAAAGGAAAGAGGGGUCGGCCACGCAAGAACCGUGAGGAAGACCGCGACUACUCGCCGUCGCCGCCGCCGUCGCCCGACGCGCGCCACAAGAAGAAACACAAGAAGGACAAACACAAGGAGCGAGACACCAAGACCAAGGACAAGACGCUGGCUCCUUCCAACGUCCACAGUGUGGUCACCAACGUGCGUCCAUCGGAAGCGUCCGCCAUCGGGGGCCUGUCCACCGGCAACACCGCCAAGACCACGGCCAUUGUUGACCUCACCAAGGAAGACGGGAAUAAGAAUGUGGCGGAUUCUAGGGAGGUGUCCUUCAACAAGCUGCAAGGCAAGACGUUCCCGUCUCUGGUGGUGGUGGCGCGGCCCUACCUGCGCGCCAAGGACGCUGCCGCGCCGUCAGACCGCCCCGCGCUCGAUAGCAAGGUGAAGUCAGUGCUAAUGCACACGCCCACCAAGUUCACGGAGUGGCUGAUCCAGCAGGGGCUGGUGCGCUCCGAGCAGUGGUGCGUCAUACACCCCGGGAACAAACUCAAGCUGGGAAUGUACUCAGACGUCUCAAAGUUCCCCUACUCGGGUGGCUACGUGUGGAUCUCCGAGUGCUGCCCAACCCGUUUCGUCUCCGUGUUCUGCUCGUCCAUCUUUGAGGGCGCCACGCACCCGCCCAGCGUGCUGCUGAAGCUGGUCUACCACUGGGCGUGCCAGACUAAUGUGCAGAAUGUGGUCCAGUGGGUCAAAGUGGAUAACUUGUAUGUGAAGGCGCUGUUUACUUGGUUGAGGGCCGUCUGCACAUCGGCGAUCCACCAGCACCUGGGCCAACUCGGCGGGCCGGGCAAGAAGGUGGAGGUGGGCGUGAUCUCGCUGGGCACCACGAGCCACGACGGCACGCAGCGGCAGGUCAAGGUCGAGGUGCUGGGCGUCCUUGACCCUGUGGAGAAACUGAUCCGUCUCCGUGCCGUGGAACCUCUGUCCGAACACGAAAAGAACUACAAGAAACGCUUCCAGAAGAUUCUAGAACCUCUUAUCAACUGGGUGCACCCCGGCUCCACUAUACUAACAGACUUGACCGUGGACAAAGGAACCCUUAUCUCUAUGGGAUUCAAGACUGUCCAUCAGAGCUCGUCCCAAUCCGAACAUCCGUCGAAGCAUAGCAAUGCGAAUAUCAUGGAGUAUCUGAGGAGGAUUGUGCCGAGGAUGUUCCAGAAUACUCUGUCGUUGUUGUCCCGUCAGAUUAUACAGCAGUUCUUGGAUGAACUGGUUUGGAGAGAGAAAUUCGGCGUAUCCCCCGGGCUAGCCUUCGACAACGUAGUCACUCACAUCGCGGAACAAACCCGGCUGGAGGCGCGAGACCCCAUCACCGUGCGGCUCAACCGCAUCGCACACAACCCCUUCAAGAACUGGAAGUACUGCUCCAAGAAAACCAAAGGCGAGCGGGACCCAUCACCCGUAGUAGAAGAGCCGGCUCCGCGCAAGCGAGGCCGCAAGAAGAAGGAACCCUCCCCGCCGCCCAAGAAGAAGCAGAAGAAACCUUCCGCUAUUGUGGAGAUACCCGAGGAUGAUGAGGAGAUACCGCUAGCCCUCCGCCGCACCAAAAUCAAGCAAGAGAAGAAAGACGGCGAACCACGCGCCCGACGCAAACGCGAGCGAACAUACGUCGACGACGACCACGACGAGCUCGACGAUAUACCGUUAAAAAACAUCAAGAAAGAGGUGAAGCAGGAAGAGACUGUUUCUAUGGAGCGGUUCUACUUCGGACAGACUGGCGGGAGUAAGGAGUACCCGAGGGUGGCUAUUGCUGUUGAGUGCCCGCUAUGCCGCACAGAGAUCAACAACAACUGCGACCUCCUCCGCCACAUAUUCUCGCAUCUGUCCCCUUCAUCCGAAGGCUCAGAGUCCACUGUGUGCAUCUACUGCGCCACUCAGUUCAACGAUGAGGAGGCGCUAAAGGAACAUCUGAAGAGCAGCCACCCGAGCGAUACCAAGUCGCCGGAUGUAUUCACUUAUGCGUGUCUUAUUUGUGAGGUCCGCUUCGCCGCCGUGCUAACCCUAGCCAGCCACAUGCAGAAGACCCACGCUCCACUCGAGCUGCCCUACUGCUGCGGCGCGUGCGACUAUCGCUCUUCGGCCCAGAGGCAUACGGUCGACCACUUCUACAAGGCGCAUAGCAACGAUACAGGGUUGCAGUGUCCGCAUUGUUUGAAGGUGAUAGUAGUAUACGGCGAGGGCAUGGAUCUCGGAGCGAAUGUGCGCAUAUUCAUUGACCACAUAAAGGCGCAUAAAGAGAAGCAGCUGGAGGUGCGCUGCAACCGCUGCGCGCUCAAGUUCGUGCAUCUCGGUCAGUUGAAGGAGCACCAGAUCCGCGACCACGCGACGGUGGCGGGCGCCACGCCGCUCUGCGUCGAGGAACACCUCAUCACCAAGCCGAGGAACAAGCCCCGUCCGCCCGUGAAAGACACAGCCUCUCAUUCUAUGAGUGACACUUACGAAGACGUGACCCUAGUGCUGCCUGAGAACAUGCUGUGUCGCGAGUGCGACACGCCGCUGGACACCGACAAACACUUCCUCGGCACAAGCUCGUGCAGCAAGUGCCCGUACGUGACGUCGUGCUACCGCGCCAUGCUGCAGCACAGCAGCUACUGCGCCGGCCCCCACUCGCUGGAGGACGCCCCCCGCCCCGCGCCCCGCGCCUCCCACUGCGUGUGCGGCCACAGCACCAGUGUCGGCACGGACAUGCUAACGCACUUACUCCUCUGCGGGCACCUGACCGCCUACCCGUCGGAGGCGGCGGCGCGCGAGAACACCGUGCAGGAGCGACCGCGCGACGAGGCAGCGGAGCCCGAGGCCGCCGCUGAACAGCAGUCAGAAAGCGUCCCCCCGCUGUCGGACUACGCGCCGCCCUCCGUGCUCAACACGCAGCUGUCGCUCGACGACCUGGCGCCGCCCUCCGUGCUGCAGCCUGACCAGAACGAGCAAGAACUGCUAAAGGACGCGUACGAGCGGCCGCUGGCGACGCCGCGGCACGAGGACGCCGCGUACUCGCUCGCCGACUUCGAGCCGCUGCCGCAGGAGCCGCCGCCGCAGCCCGACUUCGAACAGCUUUAGGGAGUAGACUAGCCCGACUUCGAACAGCUUUAGGGAGUAGACUAGCCCGACUACGAGCAGCUGUA